CAGCCGCCUGGAAGCAGUCUGCUGCGAUCGCGCGCACAAGCUCCUGGGAGCGAACAGCUCCGGGACUUUGCCGCGUAUCGCGCAUCCAUACAUUUACUGCCGACAUGAAUUGGUCAGCGAAACUGCAGCGCUUACUGGAGAAUUUCGACAUCACGCGAAUCAGUUUCUAUCAUGAGAAGUGCAAGCUGUUUUUCGUCGGCGACCAGCACAUGGGUUUCAUUCGGCCCAACGAUUGGAUACAUCUUGCCCCUUACAAGGACGCCUUUCACUACGACAUCAAAACCAAUCGGGUUGUCGUGAACCCGAGCUGGAAGACGUACGAAGAGCGCACUGCGAGGGUUGCCGACGUUUUACAAGAUUUACGGAAGAAGAAAAUCUUCAAAACACUGAACGGUUGGAGGAACGAGUGCUACGAAGUCAGCGCUAGGUUCGGAGACAAACCUGCGAUGAAGAUGGAAAGAGCCGCAACAUGCCUAUUCGGUCUGAAGCGAUAUGGAGUACACAUAAAUGGAUACGUGAAGCGGCCCGAUGGAUCUAUGAGCGUCUGGUUUCAGCGGAGAUCGGCGACGAAGGAAACAUUUCCAAACAAGAUCGACAACCUGGUAACCGGUGGCUUUUGCGUUGGCUGUACCCUAACCGAGUGCGUCCGCAAGGAAGCGCAAGAGGAGGCAUCAUUGCCAGAUCACCUACUCAGUGCUAUCCGGCCAGCUGGGAAUGUGUCGUUUGUGUAUGAAGACGAUCGGGGCAUAUUUCCGGAAACAAUCUUCGUCUUUGACCUGGAGCUUCCCGCAGACUUCGAGCCUCACUGCUCGGACAACGAAGUGGACAACUUCUACCUAAUGACAAUUCCAGAGGUGAAAAACCUUGUUUUGUCGGAGGAGUUCAAGAUUACCAGUUGCCCCAUCUUGCUGGACUUUUUGGUGAGGCACCACUUCUUGUCGCCAGAUGACG